AUGAGCUCCUUUGGUAAACUGUUCCGUGUCACAACAUUCGGUGAAUCUCACUGUAAAGGUGUUGGUGCCAUCAUUGACGGUGUUCCUCCUGGCAUGGAGUUGACAGAAGCUGAUAUUCAACCUCAACUUACUCGCAGAAGACCAGGUCAAAAUAAGUUGACAACUCCUCGUGAUGAAAAGGACAAGGUCACCAUCAUGUCUGGUACAGAGUUUGGCGUUACAUUAGGCACUCCCAUUGGCAUUCAAGUGCCCAACUUGGAUCAACGUCCUCAUGAUUACAGCGAUACCGACAUUUACCCUCGUCCAUCUCAUGCCGAUUACACCUACCUUCAAAAAUAUGGACUCAAAGCAUCCAGUGGUGGUGGAAGAGCCUCUGCCCGUGAAACCAUUGGCCGUGUAGCUGCUGGUGCCAUUGCUGAAAAGUACUUGCGUUUAGCUUAUGGUGUUGAAAUUGUUGCAUUUGCUUCAAGUGUGGGUAAGGUGGCUAUGCCCUUUAUCCGUGAGCUCGAAAAUGCCGAUACUGCCGAGCCAGAAUUGAUUGAGUUCAUGAAUACUAUCACUCGUGAAGAUGUGGAUGCUGAUAUCUCUCGCUGUCCUCAUCCUCCUACUGCUGAAGCCAUGAAGAAGGUCAUUGCCGAGAAGUCUCAUGAGAGAGAUUCAGUUGGUGGUACUGUUACUUGUGUUAUUCGUAAGUGUCCUGUUGGCUUGGGCGAACCUUGUUUCGAUAAAUUGGAGGCUAUCUUGGCUCAUGCCAUGCUAUCCAUUCCUGCUACAAAGGGCUUCGAGUUUGGUUCAGGCUUCAAUGGAACCAAGAUGGCUGGUCACGAUCACAACGAUCCUUUCUAUCAAAGAGAAGAUGGUACUAUUGGCACAACAACCAACAACUCUGGCGGUGUGCAGGGUGGUAUCAGUAAUGGUGAAAACAUCUACUUCCGUGUCGCUUUCAAGCCUGCUGCUACUAUUUCUCAAGAUCAAACUACUGCAAAUUAUGAUGGUAUCACAGGUACUCUGGCUGCAAAAGGUCGUCAUGAUCCUUGUGUUGUGUCUCGUGCUGUGCCUAUUGUGGAAGCGAUGGCUGCCCUUGUUAUCAUGGACGCUGCUUUGCAACAAGAAUCUCGCCGUACUGCUUUCUCAAAGUUGCCUUCGAUCGACAUUAACCACGCUUUGUUAGGAAAGCCUCCCAAGAAGGAUUAG